UAUGACGACGAGACCACUACCACCGCCUCAGAGUGCGCGGAUGACAUGCGAGAGACGGGCAGUGCAUCUAAACUGAGCCGAUCGCUGGCCAACGCUAUUGUAUACAAAUGUCACGCAUGACUGACGCGAUUGGCUUUAAAACUAAUGGUCCCACCAUUUGUCUCAUCGAUUUCUAUAUUCACGUAUUAUUCGGUGGGCUUUCAGUGAUAUAUAUUUUUCGUUUUUCUCUCAAUUCAAACCUAAAAUUAAUUA